GGGGCACUGCUAGGCUCGGGCACAGCCCGCCUCUGCCCCAUUCGGCGGGCAGCCUGGGCACCGGGGCUCUCAGGGGCCACUACCGGGAGACAUGGAGCUGCUGUCGGCCCUGAGCCUGGGCGAGCUGGCGCUCAGCUUCUCCCGGGUGCCCCUCUUCCCGGUCUUUGACCUUAGCUACUUCAUCGUUUCCAUCCUGUAUCUGAAGUACGAGCCAGGUGCUGUGGAAUUAUCCCGGCGGAGCCCUGUAGCCUCAUGGAUCUGUGCCAUGCUCUAUUGCUUUGGGAGUUACAUUCUGGCUGAUCUUCUGCUUGGGGAAGCCCCGAUCGAUUAUUUCAGCAAUAACUCCAGUGUACUCCUGGCUUCAGCAGUCUGGUACAUGAUUUUCUUCUGCCCCAUGAAUCUCUUUUAUAAAUGCGUCAGUUUCCUACCCGUGAAGCUCAUUUUUGUGGCAAUGAAGGAGGUGGUAAGAGUGCGAAAGAUUGCAGUUGGGAUUCAUCAUGCCCAUCACCACUACCACCAUGGGUGGUUUAUCAUGAUUGCCACAGGGUGGGUCAAAGGUUCAGGUGUGGCGCUGAUGUCCAACUUUGAGCAGCUGCUCCGUGGAGUCUGGAAGCCAGAGACAAAUGAGAUUCUCCACAUGUCCUUUCCAACCAAAGCCAGCUUAUAUGGAGCCAUUCUUUUCACACUUCAGCAGACCCGCUGGCUUCCUAUUUCUAAAGCUAAUCUCAUCUUCUUCUGUACCCUGUUCAUGGUGUCUUGUAAGGUGUUCCUGACAGCUACACACUCCCAUGCGUCCCCAUUUGACACUAUCGAGGGCUUCAUCUGUCCUGUGCUCUUUGGUUCUGCCUGGGGGGGCCAUGGGGACCAUCACCAUGAUGACCACGAUGUCCACGGGGGCCCAUCUUCCCUUCAUGCCCCGCAGCCUCCAGCCAAAUCGAAGGAGGAGCUGAAUGAAGGCUCUAGAAAAAGAAAGGCUAAGAAGGCAGAGUAAAUGAAGAAUCUGCCCCAUGUGACUGGUGGCCAAAGAGAGUCACUUCUGAGCUGCAUGAGAAAUAUACCCAUGUCACCCGAGCCCUCACAGGCUCUACUCUAGACUUGUACAAGGGAGAACGAAUCUAAGCAACUGCCCAGUGUGCCUCUAUUAUUUCCAUCAGGGACCCCUAUUUUCAGGGGCUUGCAGAUGAGGUAUGGAAAGCCCUUAUAGGCUCAAAGGGAGAAUUCUAGCCCAAAGCCAGCCAUCUUGGUGGGAGGCUUUCUCUCUCUCUCUUUUUUUUCCUCCCUUUAAACAAAAGCUAUUUUGGGAAAUCGUUUUAAGUUACUGUGGGAAUCCAGGAACGUGGUUCUGCCUGAUGUCUCUUUAAGAUUCCUGGCAUUUGAAAACUCCUUUUUAUUUUAGACUAAUUUGUUUUGAAUCCAAGAAUGAAAGAGCAAGGGAGGAAAAAAAAACACCCUAAAAUGAUUGGCCUCUUAAUAAUGUCUUUUUGAAUUGACAUAUGAGAAAGAAAAAUAACUUGAAUUUUGAGAAGGGGACUUGAUGGCUAAGUGUCCUACCCAAGCUGGAGAGAUACCUGUGGCCUAUUACUUCUGAGCCAGACCUGGAGCUGCUCAUUCACUUUAGACCCAGGUCAGUUUUUCAGAAAUUGUCUUUUGGGAAUAUCUGGGGGACUAAGAUUUCCCAGAUGGCCAAUGUUAAUGCUAAUGAUUUUUGAUGUUCUCUUAGAUUUCUCUGAAUCCUUAGGAUCAGAAUGGAAUUUGAACUGAUUUUUAAUUGAGCUUUUUGAUUAACCAAGAAGCUUGGCAUCCACUCAGCAUGUCUGUCUUGGGUCAGCUGGCAUAUAUGAGGAGAUGGGAAAAGCAAAUCCCCCAGUCUUAGGUAGCACAUUAUGUCACUGUGGUCCUUCCCACUCUAGCCUUUGGCUAGCUCAGCUAGAUAGUUAAGUUCUAAUAUUGGCUUUGGGAAGCUCCUGAGGCUUUUCCAAGUCAGGUUCUUGGGCUGGGGGGAUGAUAUUACCAUCCAAACUCCCCGAAUCUCCUGAAACUGAGCACCAAAGGGAUAAUAAGCAAGCUGAGGCUGCUGGGACCCUAGGCUGCUCACCUGGAAUUGAACCUAUAACUGUGGAGGAUGCAUUCUGUCUUCUGUCAUUUAAAUGGAAGGUUUUCAGGCCCAACACCAUGGCUGGGAUAUUAUUAGAAGACCUAAUAUUGGGAGAAAUUCUAGGAUUAAAUAGGUCAAUUGCAGUGAGUUUGGGAAGUGCCUUAACCCAGGUGAAUUGCCUCCCCCUACUCCCUACCGUGAAGUCAGGCAGCAGGGUCUGAUGUCGCCUCUUUUAAUAGCAUCAUGUUUUGACAAACCUGUUCCUGGAUGACUAUAAAGGGCUCCAUGUAAGGGGGUGAUGUUUUAUAGACAAGCCACAGAAUAAAAGCAUUGUGAGGUAA